AUGCCAGCACCGGAUAUCCUGGACACCCAGGUCAACUUUCAGCCCAUGGAGCCAUACAUUUUUAAAUUGCCAGAGGAGGUCCUAAUCAAAACUUUUGAGGCCGUCAAAGGUGAUCUGACGGAACCUCCGCUCAAAAUUACUUCCCGUGAUCCAUUCGACAAUUUGAACAUCCAGCAGGUCCGUUUGACCUGCCGUCGUUUUUGCAACGCCAGUUCGCAUCUACUGCUCCCAUACCUCGACAUUGACAUGUCUUCACCAUCGCUUGCACAUCUCAAUGAGAUCUCGCGCCAUCCAACCAUCUCGAAAGGUGUACGCACUCUCCGCGUCCACGUCGGCUUCUAUAGCGCGGCGCUGGCUGAUGACUUCGUGGCCUUCACCGAGGUUUGUUUCGCAAACCUGAUGGGUAUCUUUUGCAGGGGGAAGCCUGAGACCACUCCAGAAUGGGCUACGUACGUACCAGGUGAUACCAAAAGGCGACUGUUUGCGGAAGCGGACCGGAUAUUAGACUUGUGGGCGAAAUCUAAAUUCAAACCCCCAGAGAACCCACAAAGUGAAGGAACCAAACUUGAUGUGGCUACAUUGAGGGUAGCUCAUGAGCUGUACCAACAGCUGUUUAAAGACCAAGAAAGCGUACUACGAGGCAACGCAUUUCUACAGGCCAUCGAGGCAGCGGCGAGACGAAUGCCCAGCUUGGACAGUCUUUCCAUAACGGACUUGGAUCGCAUGCCCUGGCCCCGAAGGGAUUGGUCACGAAAGACUCUGGGAGAAGACCCUGACCAGGUCAACGGUCAUACCAUUCUGGUGGAAAGUGUAACUGUGCGGAAGACCAGAUGGGGAGAUCACGAAUGGCUUGGGGCCCCACCUCUUUCGACUUUCUAUCGCCUGCCGCUUGCGAUCCGAGCAGCAGGAACGUCGCUGGUUCAGCUACGGAUUCUCAUGUCUUCUCUAUCCGAGUUGCAAUCAAGCCUCGACGACGACUAUUUCUCUGGGCUCCGCGCGGCAGUGACAGACCUCAGGGUGUUUGAGAUAGAGCGAUCCCAAGGGUCUGGGACUCGAUUAUCAGACAAAGAGCCAUUAGAACAAAGGCCAGAAUACUUCCACAGAAUGGUAGAUGGGCCCGGAUACUGGUCCGAUGUGGACGAUGUGGACGAGGACUUCCCAGUGGAGUAUGACUCAGGGGAGUACGAGUUUGUGGGACUUGGGCCGAGGUUCUGGAUAUCCUUCGCUCAAAAUCCGACUCACAUCCCGCAUUACGAAGGCUGGACGGACGCGGAUUUGUCAAAUGCACAAGAUUGCAGCCUUGCCAUUUUCGGACAGAAUCAGCCUCGUUGA